CGUGAGGCGCGUGCAUCAGGAAAAGGGAGCGCGUGAGUGAGCUCGAGCUCUGUGGUGGUGGCGGCGAGUGAGUGUGUGUUGAGCUCUCUCUCUCGGGUUUAUAUUGUGGAGGAGCGCGACACACGUUGUAUUCGCACUUCUACAGCUAAGGGAAAAAAUAAGUUUUCUCCUUGAGGAGAGACGAAAGCAGAGAAAGCGUACAUAUUCUGAAACGACUAAUUCUCAGUCUGCGAAAACCAUGUCGGCCUCGGCGGCUAAAGUGAGUAGAAAGGAGCUAAACUCAAACCAUGACGGAGCGGACGAGACCUCCGAAAAAGAGCAGCAAGAAGCAAUUGAACACAUCGACGAAGUACAGAAUGAAAUUGACAGAUUGAACGAACAGGCCAGUGAGGAGAUUUUAAAAGUAGAACAGAAAUACAACAAGCUACGCCAGCCGUUCUUCCAGAAACGCUCGGAACUGAUCGCCAAAAUCCCCAACUUCUGGGUCACGACAUUCGUCAAUCAUCCACAGGUCUCUGCUCUUCUUGGCGAGGAAGAUGAGGAAGCUCUUCAUUACCUAACCAGAGUGGAGGUGACAGAGUUUGAAGACAUCAAGUCGGGUUACAGAAUAGAUUUCUACUUUGAUGAAAAUCCAUACUUCGAAAACAAAGUCCUGUCCAAAGAGUUUCACCUGAACGAGAGCGGAGACCCAUCCUCAAAGUCCACGGAGAUCAAAUGGAAGGCAGGAAAGGACCUGACAAAGCGUGCCAGCCAAACACAGAACAAGGCAGGCAAGAAAAGGCAACACGAAGAACCAGAGAGCUUUUUCACCUGGUUCACCGACCAUUCCGAUGCAGGUGCAGAUGAAUUGGGUGAGGUCAUCAAGGAUGACAUCUGGCCCAACCCCUUACAGUACUACCUGGUCCCUGAUAUGGAAGACGAGGAGGGAGAGGGUGAGGACGAUGAUGAUGACGACGAAGAGGAGGAAGGGCUGGAAGACAUUGAUGAGGAAGGAGAUGAGGAUGACGGAGAGGAAGAUGAAGAGGAUGAUGACGGGGAGGAAGGAGAGGACGAUGGGGAGGAUGACUGAAGGCCCAGAAAGGACAGAUUUCCACCCACCCUCUUUCCCUUUUUUUCCCUUUUAAUUCUCCUCUAAUCCUUGGGAGCAAGAUGCUUUGUUGGUUUUUUUUUUUUUUUUUUUUUCUUUUUGUGCUCCGUCUCCUUGUUCUACCGAAGCCUUUCCGGUCCAUGCCAUGUCUAACACGCGUGUAUUCCCAGGACAGACUUUGCAUCGGAAAA